AACAUUUUUGGUGCUGCGGUUUUUUCGAGUUGAGCAACGUAUGGUGGGGAUCGCGCCGAGGGGAAUCCAACGGACGCCUCCCGAAAAUUCCUGAUCCCCUGCGUCGCGACGCCUUUGUAGCUUUUAGGACAGCGUACGUUACCGAACCGCCGUCAGGGAUAAAGUCAGUGUGAUUUGUGACUUAAGUGUGGUUUUUUGGAAAAAGGUACCCCUUGUUUCUUGUUCUUAAACUCCGAAGACCAACCAAAACUCAGCAGCCAUGGACGCGAUCAAGAAGAAGAUGCAAGCGAUGAAGCUUGAAAAAGACAACGCAGCUGACAAAGCUGACGCGAUGGAAGGACAGGCCAAAGACGCCAACGCCCGCGUCGAUAAACUCAACGAAGAACUUCGUGAUCUCCAAAAAAAACUGUCCCAAGUCGAAGGCGACUUGAACCACACCAAAAACGUUCUGGACCAAUCCAACAAGGACUUGGACGAGAAAGACAAAGCUCUUGUAGCUGCUGAAUCGGAAGUGGCGUCCCAAAACAGGAAACUCCAACUCAUUGAAGAAGAUUUGGAACGUUCGGAAGAACGUUUAGCUACCGCCACCACCAAAUUAGCUGAAGCUUCUCAAGCGGCUGACGAAAGUUCUCGUAUGUGCAAAGUGUUGGAGAACCGUUCCCAACAAGACGAAGAACGUAUGGAUCAGCUGACCAAUCAACUGAAAGAAGCCCGUAUGUUAGCUGAAGAUGCUGACAACAAAUCUGAUGAGGUUUCUCGUAAGCUGGCCUUCGUUGAAGAUGAACUUGAAGUUGCUGAAGAUCGUGUGAAAGGUGGUGAUGCCAAGAUCAUGGAAUUGGAAGAAGAAUUGAAAGUCGUCGGUAACUCUUUGAAAUCUUUGGAAGUUUCCGAAGAAAAGGCUAACCAGAGAGUCGAAGAGUUCAAGAAGCAAUUGAAAUCUUUGACUGUUAAACUAAAGGAAGCCGAAGCUCGUGCGGAAUUCGCCGAAAAGACCGUCAAGAAGUUGCAAAAGGAAGUCGACAGGCUCGAAGACGAAUUGGGUAUCAACAAAGACAGAUACAAGUCCCUUGCUGGUGAAAUGGACGCCACUUUCGCCGAAUUGGCUGGUUAUUAAAAGAAAAAUACCCAUCAUUCAAGAUUCAAGGAAAAAUUUGUGUAUAAUUGUAUUUUUUUUUGAUGUAUUGUCUAAUAAUAAUAUAAUGCACCAUCAUUUAUAUAAAUUACAUUUUAAGAUCACAUAUAUAUUAUAUUAUAUAAAUAAAAAAUAUUUUUGACUUUUUUUUUUUUUUUUUUUUAGUUGGGAAAUGUAAUUGUUUUUAGGCUUUUAAUAAAUGUGCCAAUUUGUUUAUUAAUAAUAAUUAUUUUCAAAAAUUGAUUGUGUC